AUGUCGGGGAAGGACGGUGGGGGCUCGGCCGGAGGGAGCAGGUUUGGGGGGCCCGGGCAGCCCCCGGCGCUGCCCCUGGAGCUCCGCAGGGCGCUGAGCACCCCGGGGAGCCGCUCGUGCGGCACCGUCUGCCGCGACCCCCGCGUGGGUUCAACCCUCCCCGUCUCGGGUGGGUGGGGAGCAGAGGAGGGGGCGCCAGAGCGGCGCGACCCUGCCCUGGCGGAGCCCCCCGCGCUGCCCCCGCCCGGGGGUCCCGUCGGGGCCGGAGGCGGGGCAGAGCACACGUACGGGGAGGUGAACCAGCUGGGCGGCGUGUUCGUGAACGGGCGGCCGCUGCCCAACGCCAUCCGGCUGCGCAUCGUGGAGCUGGCGCAGCUCGGGAUCCGGCCCUGCGACAUCAGCCGCCAGCUCCGCGUGUCCCACGGCUGCGUCAGCAAGAUCCUGGCCCGGUACCACGAGACGGGCUCCAUCCUGCCCGGGGCCAUCGGCGGCAGCAAGCCGCGGGUCACCACCCCCGCCGUGGUCAAGCACAUCCGCGACUACAAGCAGGGCGACCCGGGCAUCUUCGCCUGGGAGAUCCGCGACCGGCUGCUCGCCGACGGCGUGUGCGACAAGUACAACGUGCCCUCGGUCAGCUCCAUCAGCCGCAUCCUGCGCAACAAGAUCGGCGGGCUCGCCCCGCCCGGCCCCCCGCCCGCGCUGCCCUGCGGCCACAUCUACCAGUACCCGUACCCCGGCCCCGCCGCCCCGCCGCCCUCCAAGGCCACCGGGCACCCGGCCGCGCCCCUCGGGGCACCCCCCGUCGGGCUGCCCCGCUCCUGGCCCUCGGCGCACUCCGUCACCAACAUCCUGGGCAUCCGCACCUUCGUCGAGCAGGCGGGGGCUCUGGCUGGCACAGAGGGGGCUGCCUACCCCCCCAAAAUGGAAGAGUGGCCCAGCGUGAACAGGACGGGCUUCCCCGCCCCGGGCCAGGCGGUCAACGGGCUCGACAAGGCGGCCAUGGAGGGGGACAUCAAAUACCCACAGCCCGGCCCGGGGCUCUCCUCGAUGGGCACCUUCCUGCCGGCCUGCGCCUACCCCCCCUCCACCCAGCCCGGCGUCUACGGCGGCUCCCCCGGCGGCUACAUCGGCCCGGGCCCCCCCUGGCAGCCGCAGGGGACCCCCCUGGCCCACCACGGCCACGGCGUGACCGUCCACGGCGGCGACCUGCCCGCGGCCAUGGCCUUCAAGCAGCCCGGGAGGGAAGUCGUGGACAGAAAACCCACCAGCCCUGUGGGGAAACCUCCGGACCCUCUAAACACCAUCCAUGGACUCUCUAUCCCAACCUCCUCGUCCUAG